CAAUUUAUAUACAUUAUGAGGUUUAACGAAUUACGACCAGGAGAAUGAAAAUUGAGAAUGAAGAGAAAACUUCUUUGGAGCAAGUGAUCAUUUUAACAACGGCUUGUACUUUAACAAGUAGCUCAUUUCCGGAAUUACGUUUCAUGUACGGUAAAUUUGAACUCUAUUAAAAUACAGGGGUAGACGUCGAUCAUGCAACUGACUUACAAUCAUAAAAUCAUGUUGUGGAUCCAUUGAUGUCAUAAACAACAGAAUGGUGGAUUCAUUGAUAAAUAAGCUGAUGAUUGUCCUGAAUAUUUGGUUGUUGUUUUCCAUAUCCAUAAACUACGAAUGUAUGAGACUACCACGGUCCGGAUUACAUGUUUUCCCGGUCGAUACCUGUCCUAAAAACCUGUCUGAAGUCGAGGCAGCCUCUCGUAGACUCAAUUGCUCUGGGAUUCAGGAGUUUGAAUAUGUUUACCAUUGUCUUCCGCGCUUUGAUCUCUCUCAUCUUGUUGAAUUUUGUUACGAUGAUAUCAGUGGGUGGACCGAACCUGGGAAUUGUAUGGUACUCCACACUCAGACUCUGAACAACCACCCGUGUAAAUACUUCACAAAAGGCUGUCCUAACAAGCCGUACCUAACAAGGAAAAUGUAUAACUAUCCAGCUUGCAUUGACAUAGACAGAAAAGAGAAAUGUUAUCGAAUGGACCCCAACUGUACAUCAAUUACUAGGUCACCAAUGCCGGUGAAGGACUGCAAAUUUAGGCCUAUGCUCGGCGCUUAUGGCUUUGGAGCGGGAGAUCUUUAUCGUCCCACACCUGCUGUGAUACGAGGCCUUGGUUUUUUGCGGUCUCAUCCGAAAGAUCACCCCAUUUAGUCGCCUUUUUCGAUAAGCAAGGGGUACUGAAUACCUACUCUAACCCGGAUCCCUACAUGAACAAUUUUAAAGAUAAAACAUAACAUCUGUGUUUUAAGCACAAGUUCUUGCACUUUGAGCAAUGACGUGCUGUUUAGUUGUGUAAGUCAUCACACAUGUCAACCAUUUCCUCCAUUUUUUAAAAUCAGGAGUUGUAGAGGAAAAUAAAAAAAAUAACACAAAA